GAGGACAUCACGUCCCUCGAGAAGGUCGGCGUCCUCCGCAAGGGCACGCUGCCGGCGCGCACGGAGUACUACUCGAACUGGUGCCAGCUGGUGCUCGCCGUAGUGGAAAUCGCCGUCUCGCAUGUGAAGGCGAGGAGGGCGAGGGAGAAGGCGGCCGCGCCGGACGCCACCGUCGCUGCGCGGCGCAAGAGGAGGGGAGGGGCGCUGUGCGAGCUCGAGUUCAGCAAGUUCAUCGCUGACUUGAUCAAGGGAUUUUACGACUGCGAGCUCAGCUUCGCCUCUGAGUUGGCGUUCAUUCUGUCGGGCUUGUGGGCGUCGCUGGUCAGCACCCACAAGUACUGCCUGAAGGCGCUGAAGUGAGGCUGACGCCCUCGUCUCGUUCCACGUGUGUUCGCGGCCAGCUUGGCAUCCUGGUGCCCCCGGCGCGGGGGGGCACCCUGGGAGAACCAGCUGCGCGAGCGGAUUCGCUGACCCCCCGUCCAUGCCAUCCCCCCCUGUCGUCCCGGCCCGAGCCGUUCCCACGUCUCCCUACGGCACCACCUCUGCGUAAGAGUCGCGCAGCUGGGGCGAGCCCAAAAAGUUUGUCCGGCAGGCGCGGUUCCUCGAGAUCCCCCCGCGCUCGCCUUCGCUUGCGGAUGCUUCCUCUCGU